CAAAGUGUAAUAAAACAACAGUGGUUUACAAUUGCUAUUGUAUAGAUUGUGGACAGAAAAGGAGAAAAUUUGUGGUGAUCUAGGCAAUCCUUCUUUUGUUGUACUGUGGCCAAAGAGGCAGUCUCAGACCAUACGGCUUCUCAGUAUCUUCACCUCUCACUGAGAGGUGUUCAGCUUCAUGCAUUCACUGAGCUCAGCAUAAUUCGUCACUCAGCAAGCAUGAUUUGGAUCACCUUGUUUUGGCUUUAUAUGUUCUCAAAUCUUUUUGCAUUACCCAACAUGACUGUGGACAUAAAGAGUGCCACACUUGAUGAACCUGUGACGUUAGCUGAGGACUUUGAGGAUGCGUUUCUACAGAGCCAGAAAGAACACAGUGUCAGAAAUGUCGAUAGAGAAAAGUGCACAGUGCCAUGUGAGAUGACCGCAAAACUCAUGCAGGAUGAGAAGCAUUCUUGGUGCAGCAAUGUCCAGCAUGCCAUGACAACAUAUAGCAGGAGCACCAGAAAGCUGAUCCGAGAUUUAAUUGAUGAGCAGCAGAAGACUCUGGAAUUCCUCUCUAACCAGGUAAUGGAACUUACAACCAAAGUCCACAGUCUCAGUUUAGAUGUGCAGAGGAGCAACAGCGAGAUGUUUUCUGUGAAGCCCAUGCAUGCUCAUGGUAGAGAUUGCAGUGACAUAAUGGAAUCACUAGAGGCAGUAACACCAAAAAUUCCAAGUGGAGUUUAUAUUAUUCAGCCUGAAAACUCUGAGCUUUUGUUUGAGGUAUUCUGUGAGAUGGAUUACAUGGAAGGAGGCUGGACGGUCAUCCAGAGGCGGACUGAUGGCCUGACUGACUUUAAACGUGCAUGGUCAAGCUACCUGGAUGGAUUUGGACCCCUACCAGGAGAACAUUGGCUCGGUUUGAGGAAAGUGCACAGUAUUGUGGGUCAGAAGAACACACGCUUUAAGCUUCACAUAUCCUUCGUCUCUCAAGAUGACUCCACUGCAUAUGCCUCUUACGACAACUUCUGGCUUGAAGAUGAGAGCAAAUUCUUUGCAGUUCAUCUCGGCAGAUAUGCUGGUAGUGCAGGUGACGCUUUCAGAGGAUAUGAGCAAGAGCAGAAUCAGGACACGGCACCUUUCAGCACCUCGGAUGUAGAUAAUGAUGGCUGCAUUCCUUUCUGCACUUUUGAUGGCAAAGCCGUGGAGAGCUGCAGUGUGCAGCACAACAACACAGGCUGGUGGUUUAAUCAGUGUGGCCAGGCGAACCUCAACGGCUCACCGCUGGAUCAAGAUCGCUCUACUUAGCCGCACCUUCACUGGGACACGUGGACUAAGAACGGAGAACCUGUCAGUAUCAAGUCAGUAACAAUGAAGAUCAGGAGAGUUGAAGGCUCAAAUCUGAAAUAAGUUUUUCAAGACUGUAAAGUUGGAAGAUUGUGGAACGGUUCAUUAAUUAUCUGUCAGAAUGCACUUUAAUUAAAUAAACAUACCAAAGUCAAAAAUACUGAUGUGUAAAAGGCAUAUCUUUAAACAACAUAAAAAUAUUUAUCCAAUAUUCCUCUUCCUGAACUGAAAUGUAACUAUUAGUCAGGAAGGCUAUUCUGUUUAAAGAAACUAGAAGCUAUAGAAUUCUAUUUGUAGUGCUAUGGAUUUGUGCUGGAUGAUGGAGCACAUUGUUUAGCAAACAUUCUUUUUCAUUUUGUCAUUUUGAAUUGUUGCACGUCAUUUGUCAUUUUGAAUUGUUGUACAUAAUUCGCAGAGUCUGUGGCUGUUUGAACAUCAUUCUGAUCUGAAACUUCUUGGUGAGCGCUAAAAAAUUAUUAAAAAAGAAUUAUCCCUCUGAGCAGUUUCACACAUGAAUCAAACUAACUUAAUAGAAGGUGAUUCUUUUAAUAUUAAUGCACACCCUGAAUUGAUAUAUUUCUCUUUUACAACAGCAAUUUGCCAAGCACACUAUACUUUUCCCCCCCAUUUAUUGCAAAACAAGUUAGCUCUUGUUAUCACUUAUGUUAUAGCAGCUAUAAACAGUUGUUCUAUCACCAGCCUACUUUGUUCUCUCUUGAAGACAGUGAGACCCCACAAAGUCGUCUGUUCUGAAUAAUAUCCUAGGGAAAUUAUAAAACUUAAGUUAGAAAAGUAAGUUAGAAAGUUAGAAAACCUACUGAAUGUUAGAAAACGCUGACACUGGAGACCCUUUCCAAUAAUUGUAUUGAAAAUUAAUCAAUACCUACUGACCAAUCAUAUUCAAGAAUUAAGCAGUGAUGUGGCCUAAAAUAACUUAAACCAUGUUAAUGUGGGUGGUCGGUUAUUUCUGUUAAUCUGUUAACCUGGCAGACAAGUGAAAGUGGCUGCAUAGUGUGUGGCCCUCGAGUGGCAUCGCUGUCCUAAUGUAAAUACAUCAGUAGUUAUCUGUGUACAUUAAACCAUCUGUACUGUGUCUAUUCAGAGCACUGAAAUCAUUUUGUCCUUUCAGAGACUAAACAAAACACCAGAGCUUCAGGGAAACACCAUAUGUACAGUCCAGAAAUGUCAAAUACCAUGCAGGACACCUGUACCCCAGUGAAGACCAAUAUGCAGAGACAUCCAUUACAGGGCCAGUCUGGCCUGACAUGAAUUAGAUUAGGCAUUGGUCUGAUUUUGGCCUGUUCUAUAUGUAAUUUUUUGUCAGUAUUACCUUUGGCAGUACAUAUGCUAUAUGGCCAAAAGAUUGUGGACACCUGCCCAUCACACCCAUAUGUGGGCCUACCCCAAAAUCUUGCCAGAAAGUAUGAAGCACACAAUUGUCUAGGAUGUCUUUCUUGCCCAACAUCAGUGCCUGACCUCACUAAUGCUCUUGUUGUUGAAUGGGCAAAUCCAAAAUCCAAAUCCAAUUCCAAAAUGUCGUGGAAGGACUUCCUAGAACAGUGGAGGUUAACAACAGCAAAAGGAAAACUGCUAAAUCUGUAAUGGGAUAUCCGACAAGCAUAUAUAUGCAAAUGAUGGUCAGGUUUCCACGAACCUUCAGCCAAAUAGUUUAUGAUCAUGCUUUCACUGAAAAACAUUUAAAAGCUCUUUCAUUUGAAGCUAUAUGAUGGAAUUUAAUGUAUAUGUUGUUUUCUUUUGAGAAUAAUAUUUUUCUUUCUUAAUGCCUUUCUUCAUUUGAAAAUGUACAUUAAAACCCCUAUGUAACACUUACCAGUGUUUGAAGUGUG